CUUAUAAUGUACGUUAGGGUAUUCUUAAGCCAGCACGCCGUACGUUUUUUUUUUUUUCUUUCACAUCAAAAAACCUCAAGAUGGUUCAAUUUUCAACCCUUUUGAUCUCCGCCAUCACCGCUGUAAGCGUCUCAGCACAGGCACCACCCGAAGCCCAAGACACCAUCACAAGGGUCUACAAUUACUGGACUGAUGCACUAGAGCUCCGAAGAGAAGUGGGGCAGGUCAAUGACCUCAGUUGUCUCCUGUACACUCUCUUCGGGACGGGACCAUUAGCAAAAGUCAUUCCUAUUCUGGAUCGAGUUACGGCAAACUUUCUGGAGACUUCGCGGGCCGUCGUUACCCUUAAACCACUCAAUGCCACCAUUCCGGCCGAGGAAGAGGCUGGAAAGGAGAUUGAUAGCUACGUGGCCAAAGGGACCAUCGAGAUCACCGGGGCGUUCAGCAGGUUAUCUACAGCGAGUACCGCCAACCCGUGCACUAUCCCGGGCCUUGGGUCUGCAACCCUCACGGCUUUGGGGAAUCUGAAAGUGGAGUCUCAGCCAUUCUACUACGAAGUUCGAAAUUAUGUCCCUGCCCGGGCAGUCGAGAUCGAACGUAAUCUGGUCCUCUUCAUGAAUUCUAUUGAUGCCGUCAUCGCAGAAUUCGGAAGUGUCAUUGACACCUGAUGUGCAAAACAUGUUUUAUGUGGACUGGAGUAUAACCGGUUUGCUUUUCGUUCAAUUCUGGUCUUUUGGAUUUCAAUACUUCUUUAUCUAGAAAUUGGGUUAUUUUGUCGGGUGAAAUUCGUUACCAUCUGACAUGUGGGUGUUAUCAUUUUUCCGGUUUCCUUCUCUUCACAGUUGUGGGAUGUCUUG